AAAUAGUCUCUUCAGUUUCGAUCAUGACCACAAUGAUUGAAGAUCAUCUCAGUGUCUCUCCUUAGUACUCUACAAGAUUUCUAGAAAGUACUCUAUUGUGAAUAGUUUUGAGCGAAAGAUUUUGGAUUGUAAAAGGACCUUCCACAGUUUCGUGCCAAUAGAAUAAUAACAAUAAAUCAAGAGAAACUGUAGUGCAGUCAAAAUGGUUGAGUUGAAUAUAUCUUUCGUAUCAGUGGAAUUUGAAGUAUUUGGUCAUGUACAAGGAUGUGGCUUCACAAAACACUGCCGAGACAUGUGUGUUAAGCGGAAAAUUGGUGGUUGGGUGAAAAACUCCAAGACUGGCACGAUCUUGGGAAAAAUGCAGGGCAGCAAGGAGGCGAUUGAUGAGAUGACAAACUGGCUGACAAACACUGGAUCGCCCGGAUGCCAGAUAGAAAAGUGCGAGUUCAGGAAUUGGCUCACCUUGCUUCGACCCGACUACCGGGAUUUUGCAAUUCGAUUCUAAGAAUCCACAAUACCCCGAAUCUUAUCAAAUAAUCUAAUUUUAAACGCAAGAGACCACGAGCAGAGCUAAUUUUCGCGGUGUACAAAAAUAGAUAGGAAAACAGCGGAGAGGCCAUAACCUCAACAGUCGCCGUCAAACUCUUGCGCGAUGUAUUGUUUACGGUGUGAAUUCUGAUAAGAAUAACAUUUGUUAUGAAUUCUUACCUGCUCUGGAUGAAUAAAGGAGAGUGGAUAAUUUUUGAAU